AUGGGCUUCUGUGAGGGCGGGGACCUGUACCACCGCCUCAAGCACCAGCAGGGGGCGCUACUGCCAGAGACUCAGGUGGUCGAGUGGUUCGUCCAGAUCGCUAUGGCUCUGCAGUACCUCCAUGACAGACACAUCCUCCACAGAGACCUAAAGACUCAGAACAUCUUCUUAACAAAGACCAACAUCAUCAAAGUUGGAGAUUUGGGAAUCGCAAAAGUUCUGGAGAAUCAUUCUGACAUGGCCAUGACUCUGAUCGGCACGCCUUACUACAUGAGCCCUGAGCUGCUGUGUAACAGGCCAUACAACCACAAGUCGGACGUGUGGGCGCUGGGCUGCUGCGUGUACGAGAUGUGUACGCUGAAACACGCCUUCAACGCCAAAGACAUCAACUCCCUGGUCUAUCGCAUCGUGGAGGGAAAGUCUCCUCCAACAGUCUCCAACCGUCUCCUCCAACAGUCUCCUCCAACAGUCUCCUCCAACAGUCUCCUCCAACAGUCUCCAACCGUCUCCUCCAACAGUCUCCUCCAACCGUCUCCUCCAACCGUCUCCUCCAACCGUCUCCUCCAACAGUCUCCAACAGUCACCUCCAACAGUCUCCUCCAACCGUCUCCUCCAAAAGUCUCCUCCAACAGUCUCCUCCAACAGUCUCCUCCAACAGUCUCCUCCAACAGUCUCCUCCAACCGUCUCCUCCAACAGUCUCCUCCAACAGUCUCCUCCAACAGUCUCCUCCAACCGUCUCCUCCAACAGUCUCCAACAGUCACCUCCAACAGUCUCCUCCAACCGUCUCCUCCAAAAGUCUCCUCCAACAGUCUCCUCCAACAGUCUCCUCCAACAGUCUCCUCCAACAGUCUCCUCCAACCGUCUCCUCCAACAGUCUCCUCCAACAGUCUCCUCCAACAGUCUCCUCCGACAGUCUCCUCCGACAGUCUCCUCCAACCGUCUCCUCCAACAGUCUCCUCCAACAGUCUCCCUGAACAGUCUCCUCCAACAGUCUCCUCCAACAGUCUCCUCCAACAGUCUCCUCCGACAGUCUCCUCCAACCGUCUCCUCCGACAGUCUCCUCCAACCGUCUCCUCCAACAGUCUCCUCCAACAGUCUCCUCCAACAGUCUCCUCCAACAGUCUCCUCCAACCGUCUCCUCCAACAGUCUCCUCCAACCAUCUCCUCCAACAGUCUCCUCCAACAGUCUCCUCCAACAGUCUCCUCCAACUGUCUCCUCCAACAGUCUCCUCCAACCGUCUCCUCCAACAGUCUCCUCCAACUGUCUCCUCCAACAGUCUCCUCCAACAGUCUCCUCCAACAGUCUCCUCCAACCGUCUCCUCCAACCGUCUCCUCCAACCGUCUCCUCCAACAGUCUCCUCCAACCGUCUCCUCCAACCGUCUCCUCCAACAGUCUCCUCCAACAGUCUCCUCCAACAGUCUCCUCCAACAGUCUCCUCCAACCGUCUCCUCCAACCGUCUCCUCCAACAGUCUCCUCCAACAGUCUCCUCCAACAGUCUCCUCCAACCAUCUCCUCCAACAGUCUCCUCCAACAGUCUCCUCCAACAGUCUCCUCCAACUGUCUCCUCCAACAGUCUCCUCCAACCGUCUCCUCCAACAGUCUCCUCCAACUGUCUCCUCCAACAGUCUCCUCCAACAGUCUCCUCCAACAGUCUCCUCCAACCGUCUCCUCCAACCGUCUCCUCCAACAGUCUCCUCCAACAGUCUCCUCCAACAGUCUCCUCCAACAGUCUCCUCCAACAGGAACCACAGUUUUACAGAUGAACCAACAGAAACACGUCACCAUCAGUAGAGUUCUGUCAGACACAUGA